UGGGGGGGGGGGGGGAAGCGAGCAGGCUUCCCAAAUGCUUAAUGUAAUCACGGGCCAGCUGCGUGCACUUGUAAAGUUGUUAUAACCCCCUCCUUGUUAUAAACAGGAAAGCGCAGAAUAUAAAGCAAGAGACCCGCAUUCACAAAUACCAGCUCUCCCGCGCCAGCUGCCAAAUUCCCCUUUUAUGGUGUUCCUCCUUGCAAUCUCAGCCCCAUCAGAAAGACCGUAGUUUCUCCCCCUCGACUCUCCAAAAGGGGUGAUUUUGAAACUUGCCCCCAACCAAGCUGUGGACCCGCUACUGCACGCCUUCGCCAACUCAGUGCCCCAUGCCAUUGGCAUCAGAAAAGCUGGGCUUCUGGGAUCCUCUUCUUGGAUCCCCAGGGAGCCCUAGGGGGGCAGGCCUGCCCAUUUUGGGAUGUGAGGCCCCUAGGGAGUACACCCCCGCCACCCGGCAGCCCAAUUCCUCCAGGGCAUCCCGAGGAUGUCUCAGAGGAGGGCUGCAUCCUCUUCUAAUCAGGCGUUCAUCUAUCUCCUCUCCCCUGCUAAAAUAUCUGAGAGCUCUCCAAGACCUCAGAAGGCAUUUAUGAGAGUGUGUCAUCUCUCCAUCUCCUACUAAGCCUGGGAGAAGAAAAGGUCUUUUGUGGGAGGCCAUGGGAUUUCGGGGCUCCCCCAGGCCAGAGGUAAAACUCACCCCUGCGCCCCUCCCAGCUCCACCUCUUCUUCCUGGCGGGGCAGACCCUGCUCCCGAGCCACCUCGAUCCACAUCCUGCCUGACUGACUGUGUGUGCUUACAGCGUCAAGGGGUGGACGUGAUAUUUCAAACAUCAGAUCAGUGCGUUUAUAUAUUGGGUGCCCGGAAAUUUUUCCAAAUAAACACAGCUUGAUUCAACUUGGGUGGGCGGACUUAUCAACAGACUAAUUCUAUAAACAAAUGAAGGAAUAACCCUGAAACCGAUUGGCUGGUAUCAAAAAGACACGUGGAGGGAAAAGCUUGGAGUUUUUCAGCAAUGAAAUUUUAAUUAAUGUGGGUGGGCUGAGAACACAGCGACUGUUUAUCAUAGACAAUUUAUUUUCCAGCGCUAAGUCAACAUAUAAUAGCAAACUUACAACAAUUAUUUAACAUUUUUUAAAGCCAUGAAGAAGGGACAGAACGCGGAGCGGCUGGGGAGAGCGGCAGAGCGGGAGGCAGACGCAGGGCAGGCUCCCCGGGAGGGCCCUUGCGGCGCGGGGCGCAGUCCCUAAGCCGCCCGGGUUUCAGGCAUCGCCGGGAGCGCCGCACGGGCUCCCGCUCGCCAUGAGCCACCUCUUCAGCCCCCGGCUGCCUGCUCUGGCCGCCUCGCCCAUGCUCUAUCUGUACGGCCCCGAGAGACCCGGGUUGCCUCUGGCUUUCGCCCCCGCGAGCGCGCUGGCGGCCUCGGGCCGGGUGGAGCCCCCCCAGAAGCCGCCCUACAGCUACAUCGCGCUCAUCGCCAUGGCGAUCCAGGAUGCGCCUGAGCAGAGGGUCACACUCAACGGCAUCUACCAGUUCAUCAUGGACCGCUUCCCCUUCUACCACGACAACCGGCAGGGCUGGCAGAACAGCAUCCGCCACAACCUCUCGCUCAACGACUGCUUCGUCAAGGUGCCCCGCGAGAAAGGGCGACCCGGCAAGGGCAGCUACUGGACGCUGGACCCUCGCUGCCUGGAUAUGUUCGAGAACGGCAACUACCGGCGCCGGAAGAGGAAGCCCAAGCCCGGACCGGGGGGCCCGGAGGCCAAGCGGGUCCGCGCCGAGACGCAGGAGCGCGGCUCAGAGGCGCCGCCGGAGGUGCGGAGCGCGGGAGGGCGCCCCCGCCCCGCGACCCCCAUCCAGGAAAGAGCGCCCGCGCGCCCCUCGCCCCUUCGGGAAGCCUCCUCUCCGCCGCCAGCGUCCCUCCCCUGGCCCGGGCCCGGGUCCCCAGAGGGGGACGCGGGCGACGCGCUCCAGGGCGCAGCGGCGGUGGCUGUCGGCCAGCCUGAGCGCACUGUGGACGGCCCGGAGACUCCUCCGCUCCCCGCCUCCCGCAGCUCUCCGAAGAGCUCGGACAAGUCCAAGAGCUUCAGCAUAGACAGCAUCCUGGCCCGACGGCAGGGGCAGAAGCCGGCUGGAGGGGGCGAGCUCCUGGGGUGCGCCAAGCAGGGGCCCGGCGGCUGUCUGGGCGCCUCGCUUCUGGCCACCUCCUCCAGCCUCCGUCCGCCUUUCAACGCUUCCCUGAUGCUCGACCCGCACGUCCAGGGCGGCUUCUACCAGCUCGGGAUCCCCUUUCUCUCCUAUUUCCCCCUGCAGCUCCCGGAAGCGGUGCUUCAUUUCCAGUAAAACAGACGGCGGCUCCUUUCCCUCGCCCUGGUCUGAGCUCCGUGUGAGCGAGCAGGGCUCCCACCGCUGAGAAAGUAGUCGCGUUUUAAAAUAAAUGAUUUCCUCUGCCUGCGUAUGGAUCGUGGGAAGUAUUAGCAUCCUCAGCUGCACGAGUGGGCACACUUCCCUGCCUCCUGCAAGAUGAACCUUCCCAGAACUGGAACAGCUUCGGAGAUUUAAAAGACCAUGCCCACGCUGCGACUUGGGCAUCUCAGACCUCCUACCGCAGGCGCAGGAAAAUUCCUUGAACCUUAGGUCAGUCUGAUGGCAUGAUUUUCCACUAGCAUCCAGACAGGUCCUGCGCGUCCGGAGGGAGUGGGGGAGAGCGCAGACAAUCGGAGGGCAGGCAGAUGGCCGCAGUGUGGUCCUUUCUGUCUAAGAGCCACGAUCUGACCAUCGCCAGCUCGGCUGUCACUGUGGCCCAGGCCUUGGCUUUGGGCUCCACGGAGUGAUGGGUGUUCACAGCUGGGUUUGAAGCUAAGGUCCAGUUGUGGGGACACCAGGGGCAACCUGUUUUUUAGGUUCUUUAGCAGAUCCUAGGGCUUGGUGAGGACUUAAGACCAAUGUUCAGGCGGAAGCUGAGAGACCACACUUUCAUUGUAAAUAGAGAAAUUUUCUCUCUUUUCCUUUUAGAUAGUAAAAGGAACACGCUAUAUUCUUUGGCUAAAAGCUUGAUUCUUUUUACUAUAAGGGUUGCCCUGUGAACAUCUGUAUUAACAACCUCUAUUUAAAAAGUGCACUCUGUGUAACUUAGCAUUUUGUUGCAUUACAAUAGAUAGCUCGAUAGCUCCUUAGUCAAUACACGUGCUCUCCAACGCCUGUUACCAACCACAGACAUCCUCCUAUCUCUUAGCUUUAUUGUUUAAGGGGUCAAAACAUUUCUAGGGACACCGGAAGUGCAUGAGGGUUAGGGAAGCUUGAUUGUUGCCACAUUUUCCAGAACUGUGUGGUGAAGGACUAUUUUUAAUCUGAAGAGUUGGGUGAAAUAAGCACAUGGAAAGCAAGUGGAGGCAGGGAUGGGUGAGCGCUCAGAAGAGCAAGGGAGUCCCCUGGGGUCUGGGGGUGGUCAGCUCUCCCGGCCCCCAGGAACAGGAGGCUUGGUGGGAGGCUCCCUGGCCAACUGUAGCCUCCUCCUCCCUCCAAGCGCCAGCCAGGCAGGCCCAGAGCCUGCAGCUAAACAAACACCUUAUGGAGGUGACUGCAAGUCUGGGGCGAGGAGUGGGCGGGAGGGCAGGGGGCUGAGACAAAGAUGUGGUUAUGGAAAUUGAGAUUUUCACAGCCCACUUCAGCUGGGAACUUUGGGGGAAUGCAUCUAAGCUCUCACAGUAUCUCUUUGGGUUGUGGUGGUGGUUCUGAGACUCGAUUUCCUGAACCUCCCAGCUACUUUAAUUUUAUCAAAUGUGGGAAAAGCACAGUAAGUCAGUAGUUCUGGAGGGAGGCAGAGUGGGUCUUUGAGAUAAUUUUUUAAAGCAGAUUAAAGCAGUUUCCAGAACUUAUAUAAAAGUGAACACAAACAUCACAUCUGAGAGCCUGUUGGUUAAUAUGUUGGAAAGGAUAUUUCAGACAAACAGAAUAAUUUACGAAUUAGCAAACACAGAGGUGACUGAGAAUUCGUGCUGAAGGCCAUUUGCUACUGACCCACAGGAGCGUCCAUGUCCAAGUUCUGCCCGGGCUGGUGGGAACACUGUGGGCGAGCUUCAGCGUCCUUGAUGUUAAGAACUCUGAUGAACCGUGUUGAGACCCAAGAUCACUGUGAUUAACUUACAAUGUGCUGGAAGGGCCGUUUGUUGGCUAUUGUUAUCCCGAAGUCUCAACCUCUGUGAAUAAAGUUGUUUUUGUCAUUAACUUC